CAUUUUACUACGUGUGAUCGUGUCAUUUUUUCAACCAGACUGCGUGGACUUCGAAGCGCGGGUGAAACUAACUUUCACUUCUUCUGUUUGUGUUGUAGUUAUCGACUUUCGUCUCUCUUUACUUUAGAAUAGGCCGGGCUAUACUCCAGUGAUAGCUCUUUAUGGUAGAUCAGUUUCUCUUCUUUGGGAUUAUCAACGCAUUGUAGCUGGAGGGUUGUAGUCCUCCCAUUUCAAAACAGUCCCACGGUACCCCAGUCCAUCAAGGAAUCUGUCUUUCUUUCGUUGGAAGUGCUAGUGCGCUCACUUGGAAUCAUCAAGAUGGCGUAUGUUGCCACUCGUCAAAAGCAGAAAAUGUCUGACCAGAUGGAAGACAUGUCGGAGCUUAUCCCGUGCCCGUAUGAUCCCGUGCACAUGGUGUCUCGGAGAAAAAUGCCCGCCCAUCUGGGCAAAUGUACACUAAAUUAUCCUGAGAAUCCACUGAUGCGUUGCCCAUACAAUGCCACCCACCAGGUGCCCAUGAGUAUCUUGACACAUCACACGGAAACCUGCCCGCACAAGGAUAAAGCACAGCCUGUCGCGACGUUCUCCCAUACCCACCACCCUGUUAGUAAUACCUUUGAGGAUGCAGGUUUUGUCAAUUUUAUGCCAUCGCACGGCCAGCAAACUUUUGAUGAUGCCGACUGGGGUGAUUCCGAGCCGAGCAAUGCGGCUUUGGCGUCACCUGAGACCCCGGUAGAAUGCACGCCGGUUUACACUACGAAUGACUAUGGGUGGCCAUCUAGGUCCGGCCUGGUGGAUGGUCUUGGCGUGCCGGUCGACAAACCGGAGCCUGUAGUAGCGCCUCACUUCACGCCUCUUCAGCCAGCAGCGGCGGUGAUGGCAGACAAGGGCGGCGUGAUUCAGCUGGCCCAGGGCAGAGGCCGAGCACGCAGUCGUGGCAUUGCGUCCGUACCACACCGGGCUUAUGCUGCUAGCCCACGUCCCGGUGGCCUGGCUGAGCAGAGCGCUGGUGUGGCGGUGGUGCCAGCAGCAGCACCAGCACCGGUGUCCACAGCUAGCAAACCAUCAGGACCUCCGCCAGGCUUUUCAAUCCCAAUGCAGACACAACAGCAGCAGCAGCAACUACAAAAACAACAACAGCAGCAACUACAAGAACAACAGCAGCAGCAGGAAUGGCAGCCAUCAACAGCAUCAGGCCGCCCCAACCCAAGCUUUGCGCGCGUGGGCACUGCUAGUGGGUCGUCUCUAUCAGCAGAGGCACAGGAUGCUAGUAUCAAAGAAGAGCAAGAAGCUGAGCUGGACAGGGUGAAAAAGGUGAAGAGGCGCUUGGCGAAGCUUCUCAACCAGAUCAGCGGCCUUGAGGCGAAGCAGGAUGCUGGUGAUGUAUUGGAUGAAGACCAGCUUGCCAAGCUGUCCAGGAAGCAGUGUAUUAUUCGUGAUUUAGAGGAAGCACAAAGCCAGGAGGAGAGGCUGCGCAUUGUCAUAGAUUAGUCCUGUCAGUCGGAGCCUAUGGCACUAGAGAGGUGUGAUGUCAUCUGUAUCAAAGAUGUCGACAAUUGUCGCUUGAUGUGUUGUCCACAUUGUUCGCGCAUAAAUAUUCACAGCCACGACCAAACUGUAUUGUCUGUACGAACCAUUGUGCUUCGCUGUGCUGAGCCACGGACAAUUUUAUUUUCUGUUUUUCGUGCACACGCUGGUACGCAUGCCAUCUUGACACUUCCAAGUGUUUGUUGUGUUCUCAGUGGCUUGGUGGCCAGAGUAUGUCCGACUUUUUUUUGUCAUGUCACAUUUUAUUUGCUUUUCUUCACUUGAAGGUGGCUAGGCCCACCAGUGAUUUUCGAAUCAAUAUUGGGGAAUGCCGAGGGAAUCGGAGGCAACUAUUCCCCGGACAUCUACAAUGAAGUAUUUUCGAACUUCCAUGUCCAUUGCCAACAUCCUCUUUGAAUUAGCUACUUGUAGUUCCACCCACCUGAGUGCAAACAGUCCAGCUCUUUGUUUUUAGACUAAUGCGUCGGCUUGACAGCUAUGACUUGUGUGUGUCGCUUGUCGUGUUCUUUUUUUAAAAAGCAUGUCGUUGUUUGAUGCUGGUUUCUACCUUUGCAUCCUUUCUGUGUAUGUCAUCACAUCACUAAGUCUUGCAGAACUGAAGUCUUGUAAGUUUAUACAGAGCAUAGCACUACCUGAUUUGGAUUUAUGCUCUGAUCUUUUUUAAAUUAACCAAAGUCAAAUUAAUGAUUGUCAAAACAAGUUUAGUUGCUUUCCA